AUGAGGACGACUCCCACUACUGCUUUGGAAGCCCUACUAAAUUUGACACCUUUAAACAUCCACAUACAACAAACAGCAACCUCAACGGCGCUAAGGCUGCGCACACUCAAUCUAUGGAGACAAUACAGGAUCCCUCAUACGUCUAUUUUGGACACGCUCACAGCAGCGCUGCCCAUCGUAGAUGCCAAACACGACCUGAUCCCCAAACAAUACAUCUUUGACAAGAAAUACAAAAUACACCUCACUGAGUCUAAACAAAAUGACACGGGUAGGCACAACCACACCCACCUGAUGAUCUACACAGAUGGGUCUAAGACUGACCAAGGUUCAGGUUCGGGAGUAUUCUCGGAAGACCUGAACAUUAAAAUACACACAUCCCUAGGUCAGUACUGUACCAUAUUCCAAGCAGAAUGCAUGGGUAUAAUCUUAGCAGCACACGCCAUAGCUGCAAGGAAAGCAAAAGAUGAAAACAUCUGCAUACUUACCGACAGCAUGGCUGUGCUCCAGGCACUUAACAGCUACACAGUUAACUCAGGCCUUAUAUAUGAGUGUCACCUAAUUCUGAAUGAUUUAGGAGCAGUCAACAAUAUCAACCUUCGAUGGAUUAAAGGUCACAGCGGCUCCAGAGGCAACGACGCAGCGGACGAGCUGGCCCGCAAAGGUUCCAGUAGCCGAGCAAUCGGCCCUGAACCCAUCGUCCCCCUGCCUUUAGGAUACUUAAGGUCGCAGGUAACAAGCAGAAGCCACGACCAGCACAGCGCGCUUUGGGAUUGCAUUAGUGAAUGCAGGCAGACCAAAGAAGUUCUGCCGGAAAUUAAUAAGCGAAUCUCAAACACGCUACUUAAAUUAAGUAAGCCACAGCUCAGAGUAGCUGUAGCUGCUCUGACAGGUCACGGCCACUUUAACAAACACCUUUUUAACUUAGGUAUCACAGACAGUCCUUUAUGCAGGGCGUGCAUGGAGGAAGAAGAAACAGCAUUGCACGUUAUACAACACUGCCCGGCAGUGUCCGACUACAGGGACAGAUACCUCGGUCCGCCGAGGUCGCCGCCAGAGAUCACCAGCAACAUUAAGGGAUUGCUGGGGUUCUUUGGCGAGCUGGGCUGGCUGGAGUAA